CUCCACCACCUCUAUAUCUGUGUCCAUUUCUCACCCUCUCUCCUUUCACUCUGCGCUUCCCCGGUUUUACCCUCUCUCUCUUUCUGUCUCUCUCUCUCUCUGUCUGUGUCUGAGACACGAACUUACUGCUUUGACAUUUCCAAAGACCUGAGCGCGAAGCCUGAAGCUCGUUCUUUCACGCUCACCGACGACGGGCAUGAACCCCAACGCCAACAACGACCACUUGAUGGACUCUUCCUCUCCUCCUCCUCCUCCUCCUCCCCAUCACAACUGGCUCGGCUUCUCUCUCUCCAACCACCACCACGCCCCUAACCACCUCUCCCUCUUCGAAGCUUUCAACCCCGCUCCAGCAGGCGGCGUGGUCGAUAGGGACGAGGAUGCGCGACCUCACGGCCACGGCCCGACCGACCUCUCGAUAUUCUCCGGCGGCGGGCCCAAGCUCGAGGACUUCCUCGGCGGCUCCGCCACGGCCGGCGGCGCGCAGCCGUUGCUCGCCCACUUCGCCGCAGCCCCCGAGGCCCAUCACCCGCCGGUUGCCGCCGCCGAGGCGUACGACUCCGAGCUCAAGACCAUCGCUGCGAGCUUCUUGCGCGGCUACACAGCCGAACAAGCCGACGUCAUCGUUCAGAAGCAACAGCAGCCACAACAACAGCAACAGCCUCUCGCUUCUUCUGAGGAGGCUGGGGCCAAGAAGACGGUGGAUACUUUCGGACAGCGUACCUCGAUCUACCGAGGUGUUACUAGGCAUAGGUGGACGGGGAGGUAUGAAGCUCACUUGUGGGACAACAGUUGCAGAAGAGAAGGGCAAAGCAGGAAGGGAAGACAAGUUUAUUUGGGUGGAUAUGAUAAGGAAGACAGAGCGGCUAGGGCAUACGAUCUCGCAGCUCUCAAGUACUGGGGUCCUACUACCACCACUAACUUUCCGAUCUCUAACUAUGAGAAGGAAUUGGAGGAAAUGAAGCACAUGACCAGGCAGGAGUUUGUCGCGUCCCUAAGAAGGAAAAGUAGUGGAUUUUCUAGGGGUGCCUCGAUCUACCGAGGAGUCACCAGGCACCAUCAACACGGACGAUGGCAGGCACGGAUAGGGAGAGUCGCUGGGAACAAAGAUCUCUACCUUGGCACUUUCAGCACGCAAGAGGAAGCGGCUGAGGCCUACGACAUUGCGGCGAUAAAGUUCCGUGGCCUUAAUGCGGUGACCAACUUUGACAUGAGCCGCUAUGACGUGAAGAGCAUCAUGAGCAGCAACCUUCCGAUUGGCGGGAUGUCCGGCAAGUCCAAGAACUCCUCUGAGUCGACGUCCGACAGCAGGAGCAUCGAGGGCAGCCGGUCUGACGAUCGGGACCUCUCGUCUGCAUCCUCCCUGACCUUCGCCUCCUCACAGCCUCCUCCAAUGUCGACUCUGAGCUUUGCAAUACCCGUCAAGGCUGAUCCCUCGGACUGCUGGCCCAACAGCCUUGGGUACCACCAGAACCCUAACAACCCUCUAAACGGUGCGAAACUGAUCUCCACCGGCGGAGGCCCGUCUCCUUUGCUGGCUUUCUACCAGUCGUUUGAGAGCAACCAGACCGCCUUCGGCGCAGAUUUCUCGGGGAGCCAAAGCAGCAACCACAUUGGCUACUUCAAUGGUGGUGGGUAUGGUGGUAACAUUCAUCAGCAUCAUCAAGAGCAAGAGAGUAAUCAUGAGAAUGGCAGUUCAGGCUCAAACUCAAUCCCUUUUGCCACUCCCAUUACCUUGUAUAGCAGUGGCAAUCAUGAGAAUGGCAAUGGCUACAACAGCUGGAUGGCCUCAACAGGCCUUCACUCAUUCCAAACUGCAAAGCAAAACCUGGCCGUGUUUCAGACACCGAUUUUUGGGAUGGAAUGACAUCACGGAGGGAAAUUAAAGACAAGGAGGGAUUUGAAUGAGAAUCUGUGCGAGGCUUUGAAAGGGAAAGGCACAAGAAAAGGGAAAGUUGGUGGGUCAAACUUCUCUCUUUUUAUCUUCUUUUCUUUCUUGUUACAUGAAUAUAUAAAUACAUGGGGGGACUAUGAAGAAGGUUGGGGACUGACCGAUCAAUUUCAGAGUAGGGGCAGAUGCUGACAUAGUACUAACUUGAAGCCUGUUCGUUUCUUUGGGGAAAUGUUGUUUAAUGUUGUUUUAUUUUUGGUUCUUUUUCAGCCUCCUAAUCGUAACUGGAUGAUUAACAUGGGUAUAAUGAAAGAGAAGUUCCUUUUGUCA